GGCUUUCAACAGGGUCGGGAUAAGAUCAUACGGCACCGAAACAACGAGGAACCACCCUUGUCGGUCUUGAGUAAGCAGCUCUUUUAUAUUUACCCAGUGGUUUUGGUACGCUAGCACACGACGAAUGUCGCGUGAGUCUUUCCAGUCUGGGAUGAGAAUACCACAUUUGAUCCUCUGUGGUAUCUUCUACUGCUUCUUGAUUACCAGUGAGGUGUUGGAUUUGAGGUCGAGGGUAACGGUGUUCCCCUUCGACCAAUCUAAAGCCUUUUGGUCGUCGCACCACAGCCUCAGACGGGUUUUCCUCUCAUCUUCCUCUGGUUGGAUACGAGGAUGUCGUCAGCUACUUCUUUUGUGAUGUGUCUUGUACGCGCACACGUUAGGACCACACACAAUUCAUUUUUGAUUACAGAAGCAUAGCUGGUCUUUGCACCCUUGUAUUGCUGUUCGAGUCUCACCUUUUUAUGCUCGCCUCUCGGCGAGCUGGUCUCGUCCAGCCUCUUUUUGGCUGCUCUUUCUUUUUUACCAGGACGCUUGACCGCUUUCUGCUUCCUGGCGGUUUUCUUGGCGUUCCACGGGCUGGAGCCCGUUGGCUCCAGCAACUCUUUCUUCCAGAAGCGGUUCCACAGGAAGUGGACCUGGUCGAGUUCAACCUCCUGGUUCGACAAAAAAUGAGAUUGACUUCAUUAUGACGACCAGACGACAACUGUUCAGUGAUGUCUCCGUGAUCGCGAGGGUGAAAACUGGUAGCGAUCACUGAAUGGUUAGAUGCACACUGAACCUAAACGUUAAGUUGGAGAGGUCUCGUCUAAUGAAGUCAACGCUCCGUCCCCCUCGUGCUCUGUUCCAAAGUCCCGAAACCUUUCAGCUCGAGUUACAAAACCGUUUUCAGUUCCUAGAAGACUGCAAUGAAGUGGACGAUAUGAAUGACAAGCUCGUGGAAACUGUCCAUGCGGUCGGAGCUAAGUUCUGCAAGACCCGCCGCAGAAGAACACAAAAACUCUCCGAUCACACUCUUAAUCUCAUGGCUGUUAGACGGGAGAUGAAGCUACAUUCUUCAACAGACUUGACAGCAUACAGGCAUUUGAACAGACAGAUCUCCAAAUGCAUGCGGCGGGACUUACGCAACUUCAAUACAGCUCAUAUUGAAGAAGCGAUCGAGCGGAACCAAGGCUCCAAAGUCUUUGCCAGAGAUCUGUCUGCCAGAAAGAGCCAACUGUCAAAGCUGAAGACAGAGUGUGGCAGCAUCGUUUCCGGGACACCUGAGAUUUUGAGUGAGAUUGAGAGUUUCUAUGGGCAGCUGUACACGUCAUCGUUGGAGCCACACGCAAGUGUGAGUAACGAUCCAAGAGCGAGUCUCAUCCGACACUAUUCCGAAGAUAUCCCGGACGUCAGUCUGAGCGAGAGGCUCUCCAGCACCUUAAAAACGGUAAGGCCCCAGGCUUUCAUAAGUCCACUGCUGAACAUAGGCCUCCUCCAAGGAAUGCCACAAAGCACGGUCCUGAGCCACCUGCAUCCACCGACUUCCUGCAUGUCUUACCAGGUCGUCACUCCAUCUCGUGGGGGGUCGCCCUACAUUUCACCUACCGGUACAAGGCUGCUACUCAAGAACCUUUCUUCCCCAUCGGUUGUCGGUUCUUCGAGCUAUAUGGCCGGCCCACUGCCACUUCAGCUUACUAAUCCGUUGGGCUAUGUCGGUUACUCUGGUUCUACUGCGCAUAUACUCAUUUCUAAGUUUAUCACGCAGAGAAACCCCGAGCAUAGUCCUCUCCAUAGCUCGCUGAGCGACCUUGAGCUUCCUCAUACGGCCAGCAUUUAAAAUUUAUAUAUAUAUUAUGUAUGUAUAUAUAAAUGCUAUUACGAUUAUCUUUGCAUUUUUAAAGACUCCUGGUCUGUUUCCCUCUAUUGCCUCUUAGUGAACAUUCCUACACCGCCACUACACGGUCAAAAAAUGCAUAGUAUAUCUAUACUAAUAUAAUAAAGCGGAAGAGCUUUUUGUUUUUUUUUGUUUGUUUAAACGCGCUAAUCUCUGGAACUACCAGUCCUAUUUGAAAAAUUAUUUUUGUAUAUUAUAUCCAGAUUCAUGAGGAAUAGUAUAGGCUAUCUAGCAUGAAGCAAUAUCACUCAGCUAGCCUAAAAUAUGGAUAUUUGUUAAGCAAGUCAGAAGAAAAAGCACUCUCGAAAUGAUUUAUCCGCGUACGCUGGUGUUAUCGUCAGGGAUACGUAAAUACAAUGUUCUAGAAAUUAAUAGAUCUUUACUCCGUCUAAAAAAAAGUCCGCGAUACCAUAUAUCUGUUUCUUAUACAUAACCCAUAAUUAGGUAUUUUAUGACAAAAAAAUAUUGAAAAUUAAUAAAGUGAUUUAUGAGCGUUAGUAGCGUUCGUAAGGAUAAAUAGGCCAUUAGGCAUGGCCUAUUUAUCCUUAACGAAAGUUACUUCAUCAUCAAGACAAUUUUAUCAAGAUAAACUUUGUUCUUUAUACCAUGUUAUUUGGACGCAUAGCUUCAGAGACAAUGUAAAAUUAAAAUAAUUCAAUACCUACUUGGCUGGGCGCGCGAACAACACAUAAACCUUAGCCGCCCGGUGAGAACUGCGAGAACUGCUCAACCGGGAGGAGGAGGGAAAGUGGAUAAAACUUAACUUCGCUCUACAUCAUACAUAAUAUGCCGACAGAUAAAAGUACUCCAUUAAUUAUGCCAAUUUUUCCAUCCAUUGCUAUCAAAUAAAGUAUUUAAUUGCAAUUAUAAAAUGCUUGAACUAGAUCAUAGCACAGCUAGUACUACAUAUUGUGGACUCUUCCCGUGGACAUUUUAUCUCUAGUUUGGGCUCCUGUCUCCCACAACAACUUAAAACUUAAACUAUUUAUGAAAGAAAUGUAACUGUGUUCAAAGUGGGAGAAAUAAAUGUUUAUUAUUAUUUCUUUAUCUAAACAUUGUUUUUGAAUUUUUCAAAGAUGCUGCUUUCCUCACGUUUUCCUUUACCGCCGAGCAUGUGAUCAAUCAGCACUUGCAGUCGGGGAUCAAACUUGAGUUGUUUACAGAACUACAAUUCAACUUAUUUAAAAUUUUCUAGGUUGGUGAGAUAUUCAGGGAGGCGGGGACAGCUUUCAACAAACUGUCGGAGAUGACAAUGCUGCUACACCCUAUGGGUGAUUCACAACCAGGUGGCAAAUGGACAGAGGAAGAAAUUGAAAUGCUGAGGUCCUGUGUUCAUCGCUUCGCCAUUGAUCUAAAUAAACUUAGCCAGCAUAUUAAAAACAGGACUGUUACGCAGAUACAGACGACUUUGAAGAAGAAGGCGUUCGAGGACGCAGGUAUACCGGUGAGGCAGGUAAGCAGCACGGUGACGAGUCACACGCAGCAAGUCCCGCAGGUAGUCCACCCACUCUGCGCCAUCAACCAGACGAGCGUGUUAGGAAAAAACGCCGAGGUUCAAUUCUUCACUGACUAAACACUCCGUUUUUUGCUAGUUUUGUUUCGUGCUCCUUAAUUUGCAGUUUCAGUUAGUGAAGUAUAAAAUAUUUAAUUUUUGGUAUAGGUUUUUUUUUGUUGACGCUUUUACACGCACUCGGCUGAACGGCAUGCACUAGUACUGUAUAAUAUAGAGGUGGCUGAAUUAAGUUUUAAAUAGAUAAUAUACCUAUGUUUUU